CAGGCGGGGCGGGGGGGUGUGGCGCGCACUAUUCGGCCCGAUAUUCGGGCUGAUCGCCGGGUGUAGGUCACGGCAGAGGACACGGUUUGUUAUUGUUCCCCUAGCCUUCCUAUUGGAGGUGGACUAGCCACGCCCUCCAGGAGUGUCAUUGGACGGCAGCGCGUGUCGUCACUAAGCCCCGCCCUUCCCCCGGGAUGAUUGACGGGGCUCCCUCUGUCAGGAUCCACGGCGUCUAUGGGUGAAGCGGGGUGACCCGAAUCCGAGACACACAGCGGGUGGAGCAACAUGGCGGCCGCAUAUCCGUCCAAAUCGCCGCACACAUCCUUUCGUGGAAGUACUAAAGAAUCCCGUCAAGACACCCCCUCGGCAAGUUCAUAUGCUACCUAUCCAAGAAGAAAACCCUUUAUUAAUUCUGAUGUGCAGUGUCCUCUUGGCAAACAUGUGCCUGCUUACCCAGAAAGUAAUAGCAGAGCUAUAUUCUCUGCUUUAAAAAACCUUCAGGAAAAAAUCAGUAGAUUGGAAUCAGAGCGGCUACAAGCGGAAGAGAACCUUAACCGUCUGUCGAAAGAAACUCAGGACUAUAAAACCCAUCUCGAUAAACACGUCAAGUCCAAAGACGGUGCCAUGGAUAUGUCCAGACAGAAUAAAGAUCUGUCAAGACAACUGACCGCUGCAGAAACUCGAUGCAGUGUUUUGGAGAAGCAGCUGGAGUACAUGAGAAAAAUGGUUCAGAAAGCAGAAAGUGAGAGAACGUCCAUGCUAGAAAAACAGGUAUCGCUUGAAGGAGAUCGAUCCACGGAGACUUUCAAUUUGAAAGCAAAACUAGAAAAGCUAGACACCCUAGAACAAGAAUACUUGAAACUUACCACUAUGCAAGUCCUGGCAGAGAGCAAAAUUCGUGAAAUUGAACAGAGGCUUAGAGAAGAGGAGCAUCAACGUAAACUGGUGCAAGAAAAAGCAGCUCAGCUUCAGACUGGUUUGGAAACGAAUCGCAUAUUGCUUCGCUCCUUAACCCCUCCUUCAAAGCAAAUGAAAGUGAAGAAAAUUAAGACUGCCCAGCUAGACAAGAUGCCUAGCCAUUUAAGCAGUUCUUCUGUACAGCCACACUACAGAUUAAGCCUUGGUGAUGUACCAUUCGUUGCUGGCACGUCUACAGGAAGCAGCCACUCUGUGAGAGCCAAUGUCCAGCAUGUCUUAUCACUGAUGAAGCAACACAAUAAGGCCCUGUGCAAUGAACGAGUACUCUGUGAACAGCCAGACGGUGUAAGGUGGUCCACUGAUUCCGUUUCACCUUUAAACUCUUACCAGGAACUUUCAGAAGUUCUGUUCACUUUGGAAGACGAAUUUGGACAGAUGAGCUUUGACCACCAAGAACUGGUGAAGCAGAUCCAGGAGGCACGAUCUGACCGACUUAAGGAAGACUUGGAAAUUGAACUAGAGGCCUUGGUGAGGAAAAUGGAAGCAAAGGCAGAUCAAAUAACCAAACUUAAAAGGUUGGUAAGAGAAUCAAGGGCCAGAAAGAAAGUAACCUAUGAAUCCUCAAAGAAAGACUCAAAACUUGUAAAAACAGGAAAGAAAACUAAUGCAACAGUGGCAGGACCACAAAAAAUCAAUCCUGGAGAAAAAAGCAGGAAAAGCCUCCAGUUAUUAAGGGAUAUGCAGACGCUACAGGCGUCACUUCGGAAAGAGGACAUCCAAUGGGACUGCUGAACGUGACGCAAACGUCAAAUCUCAGGGAAAACUAUUUAUUCAUCUUCCUCUCCACUGACUGCUCAACUCUUUUUAUACACGUUGCCUUGACUCUUGUGUUUUUAAAAUAAAAUUUUAUUUUGUUCUACAUUAAAUAUAAAUUGGAAUACAAGGCUGCACAUGCUGUCUCAAAAAUGACUCCGUCUGCAAUAAGAGAAUAAAAAAAAAACCAAAGCUUUGACAUACCAGGACCGGUUCAGGUAAGUAUAUUAAAUUCUAUUCUACAAAAUGUAAAAAAAAUGAUAAGUAAAUACACAGACUUAAUAUUAUACAGACUUCUGCAACCGCACUAUACAGGUUUAAGAUAAAAUCUUCAUUUAGAAAUAAAAAUGUACUCUACAUGAAGGAUUGCCAGUACUUUGGCCGAAACAAUGACCGGAAUAUUGGAUUGUGAAUUUGUGUCUACAACAGCAGAAUUGGAAAAUAAAUCAGUCUUUUAGUUUAGCUAAAAAAAAUAAUUUUCUUUGAAUAACUGACAAUUUGCACUUUAUUAAAUAACCGUGUGUAAAUAAAAAAAUAAAGUAAAACUCCCUCAACAUAUAUGCAUUUUGCAGACAAAUGUCAGUAAUUUCCCAUGAUGCUAUGGACCACAGCUUUGGCUCUUUCUUCUGACUGCAGCAAUGCAAAACUUAAAGGGAUCCUGUAGAAAACAAACCCGCUUUCCUGGCACUAUAGCGUUUAUAGGUCCCCACCUCCCUCGUGCCCCCAUUCCGGGGGCUGACCUCUUCAGCCAUUUACCUGAAUCCAGUGCAGAUGUCCCUCGGCGCUGGGCCAGGCUUCGCCCACACUCCUCCCCCGCCUAUGGGGAAAAUCUGACGCUGGAGGUCAGUGAGGACGUCCAGCGUCAGAUAACGGACCAAAAGUCUGAUUUGGAUUCCGGAAACUCCCCCAGUGGCUGGCUGGUAGACAGCCACUGGCAGCAGACUUAGAGCUAUAAUGUAAACAUUGCAGCACUAAGUGCAAAAUGGUCACAGCGCCCAGACCACUUCAAUGAGCUGAAGUGGUCUGGGUGCCUACAGUGUCCCUUUAAUAAGGAAUAUCAUAAGGCUAAGCUUCUAUGUGCACGUACAAGUACAAGUGUGGUCAUAUAUCCUAAUAUUACGUACAGAUAUAAGAAUUUACAUUAUUUGUACGGUAGCAUGAAGGCUGUAGCACCCAGUACGAGUUCAUGCAACUUACUGUAAAGUAUGUUUUGUCUUUGCUUUCUCCUCUCCCAUUUAUGCACAGCAUAUCAAGGGACAUCCCCACCCCACUGUAGUCUCUCUAAAAUUAUUUUAAGCAUAUACCGAGUUCUUUAAAGUGCGUCAGCUGUAUUUUCACGACAGGACGUCAAUGUGACCGUGAGCAUGCAGACACACAGUACAAAGAACAAUGACUCUUUGAUCCAAUUUGCAUUGUGCUCUUGUUUUAUGAAAAGAUUUGACUUUGCCUCAUUCUGUUUCCUUUUGACAUGGUUAUUCAUUAAACUGGUAACAG